AUGGGGAAAGGCGGAGCGCUCUCCGAUGGGGUGGUGAAGAACAUCAUCCUCUCCUACACCUACGUCGCCAUCUGGAUCUUCCUCUCCUUCUCCGUCAUCGUCUACAACAAGUACAUCCUAGACCGCAAGCUCUACAACUGGCCUUUUCCCAUCUCUCUCACCAUGAUCCACAUGGCCUUCUGCUCCUCCCUCGCCUUCGCCGCCGUCCGCAUCUUCAAGCUCGUCGAGCCCGCCGCCCUCACCCGCCGCGUCUACCUCACCUCCGUCCUCCCCAUCGGCGCUCUCUACUCCAUGUCCCUCUGGCUUUCCAACUCCGCCUACAUCUACCUUUCCGUCUCCUUCAUCCAGAUGCUCAAAGCCCUCAUGCCGGUCGCCGUUUAUUCCAUCGGGAUCUUGUUCAAAAAGGAUAGUUACAAAGGCAGUACAAUGUCCAACAUGCUCGCUAUUUCUUUUGGAGUCGCGAUCGCUGCUUAUGGAGAGGCAAAGUACGACUCUUGGGGGGUGUUUCUGCAGCUGGGCGCCGUUGUCUUCGAGGCGACGAGGUUGGUGUUGAUUCAGAUCUUGUUGACCUCCAAAGGAAUCAAUUUAAACCCUAUCACCUCUCUUUACUAUGUGGCCCCUAGCUGUUUGGCGUUCCUUUCAGUCCCAUGGCUGCUGGUGGAGUAUCCGGUUUUGAAGCAGCAUUUUACUGGAUUUCAUUUCGAUUUUGUGAUUUUUGGGACUAAUUCGUUGUGUGCGUUUGCGUUGAAUUUGGCUGUGUUCUUGUUGGUUGGAAAGACUUCGGCUUUGACCAUGAAUGUGGCUGGUGUGGUGAAGGAUUGGCUGUUGAUUGCUUUCUCUUGGUCCGUUAUUAAGGAUACAGUGACGCCAUUGAAUUUGUUUGGGUACGGGCUGGCGUUUUUGGGGGUGGGGUAUUACAAUCACUCGAAAUUGCAGGCUUUGAAGGCAAAGGAUGCUCAGAAAAAGGCGCAAAUGGCAGAUGAGGAGGAAGGGAAGCUGUUGGGAGAGGGCAAUGGAGAAGGAAAUGAGAAGAAGGGAGACUCGCAUGCCUAA